GCCACUUGGGGAAGGCAGGAGCCAGAGCCACGCUGGACCCAGUUCACUCUAGCCUCGUUGGCAAGGAUCCCGCGCUCUCCAGAUAUAUCACCCAGCCGUUCUGCUCGCCAGCCGCACCCCUUGCAAGGCAUGAGUCGCUCGCGGGAGCCCGAGGCUGCAGCGCGGUCAUGAGGCGGUGGCGCUGUAGCAGCGGCUGCGUUUCGGCAGCCCCCAAGUCCCCUCCAGGCGCAGCACCCCCAGGAUGAGCCCCCAGACUCGAGUCUACCAAGCUGAGAGUCACCCAGCAUCCCGCUGACGUCCGAGCUCCUUCGCAGCGCACACCGUGUCCCUCGCAGCCUCCCACGCGACACCUGCGCACUUAAGUAGACGCGCGCGGAUUGAAUCCAACUCACCCGCCUUUCCGACACUCCAGGGCGCUGUAGGCGCACGGUCUGCUGCACCCAGUGAUCAGCCAGCCCAGAGCCCUGCAGCUAGUGUCAAGACCCUUCCGGACCGACAGACACCGUGUCACCCCCAUCCCCACCCCCAAACUCGCUGCUCAAGGUCAGGGUGCGUGGUGGGGUCGCAGACACCUGGCUUGUCUGGCCCCUCCGUUCUCCACUCCUACAACUCCAGCUCUACUUUGCCCAUAAACUUUUCUCAGGUGGCCUGGGCGACCCCCACUUGCCCGCAGCCCCAAGCACUAGAGUGAGCAGAGGGCUAGUUCCUUCUCCACAGCGACCUCGGCAGCAAGCACUUAGCACAGCCGAGAAGGCGGACGCAGGCGCCGGCGGGGCGCCCCCAGUUAUCCUCAAACGGUGACAACCUCGGUGACCCGGAGCCAGCCCAUCCGGGGACUGAGCGAGCGGGGCGACGAGGCUAGAGGUCCCAAGGAGCUUGGAGUGAGGAAGGUGGUGGCCCCGAGGGUGAGUGGCUCCCGGCAGCGGGGGCGGGGGAGCCAAGAGUGGAGGUAACUCCGGGCGGCCUCUGAAGCCCUCCUCCUCCUUCUCCUCCUCCGCCUCUAACCCCGCGCUCCUCUGGCGGCCGCUCCCGCUCCAGCUGCGGCACCGCGGCUACAUCUGGGGAGCCCAUGUGCGCUCGGGGGCUCGGCUGCGCCCGCCCCGCCGCCGCCCCCGCAGUUCCCUGCCCGAAGGGUGGACCCUGGCCGGGCCUGGGUCGCGGACAGCCCCGGGUCCCCAUCGCCGCCGCCGGACAGCUCCUGGGAUUGCUCCGCCACCGGCUUGGACGUCCCCGGCCCCGCGGUGGCUCCGCUGUGGUGUGGCGGCGGCGUUGGCGGCUGCUCCUGUUCCCCGGGCCCGGUGCGCUCGGCCGAGCCCAGAGCCAGCCCUGCCGGCCCGGGGAGCGGGGCCCCGGUGGGGGCCGAGGCGGGAGCCGCUCAGUCGAGCUCGGGGGCUCCGACUCCUCCUCCCCCGGCGGCGGCGCCGCCGCCGCCGCCCGUCGUGCGGGGUCCUAAAGCCGCGCGACUCAAAAGGAUGGUGCGUCUGGCUGCGGAACUGCUCCUGCUGCUGGGGCUACUGCUGCUCACGCUGCACAUCACGGUUCUGCGCGGUUCCGGAGCCUCCGACCGACAGGACGCGGCCGCCGGCAACGUCAGCGGAUCCCAGUUGCAGAAUAACCUCAACCUGGAGAGUGACUCCACAUCAGAAACCAGCUUUCCUCUGUCCAAAGAAGCACCAGAGGAGCACCAGGUUGUCCACCAACCCUUCCCCAGACAGCGAUUCCCUCCAGAGACUGGACAUCCUUCACUGCAGAGAGACGGCCCCAGAUCCUUUCUCCUUGACCUACCAAACUUUCCAGAUCUUUCCAAAGCUGAUAUCAAUGGGCAGAAUCCAAAUAUUCAGGUCACCAUAGAGGUGGUUGAUGGCCCUGACUCCGAAGCAGAAAAAGAUCAGCAUCCAGAGAAUAAACCCAGCUGGUCGCUCCCAGCUCCAGACUGGAGGGCCUGGUGGCAGAGGUCCUUGUCCUUGGCCAGGACAAAUAGUGGGGACCAGGAUGACAAGUAUGACAGUACCUCAGAUGACAGCAACUUCCUCAGCGUUCCUAGAGGAUGGGACCGUCCAGCCCCAGGCCACCGGACUUUUGAAACCAAAGAGCAGCCAGAGUAUGAUUCCACAGACGGGGAGGGUGAUUGGAGUCUCUGGUCUGUCUGCAGCGUCACCUGUGGAAAUGGCAACCAGAAACGGACCCGUUCUUGUGGCUAUGCAUGCAUUGCCACAGAAUCCAGGACCUGUGACCGUCCAAAUUGCCCAGGAAUUGAAGAUACUUUCAGGACAGCGGCCACUGAAGUGAGUCUGCUUGCGGGAAGUGAGGAGUUUAAUGCCACCAAGUUGUUUGAAGUUGACAUGGACAGCUGUGAGCGAUGGAUGAGCUGCAAAAGUGAGUUCUUAAAGAAAUACAUGCACAAGGUGAUCAAUGACCUGCCCAGCUGCCCCUGCUCCUACCCUACUGAGGUGGCCUACAGCACAGCUGACAUCUUUGACCGCAUCAAGCGCAAGGACUUCCGAUGGAAGGAUGCUAGUGGGCCCAAAGAGAAACUAGAGAUCUACAAGCCUACUGCUCGGUACUGCAUCCGCUCUAUGCUGUCCCUGGAGAGUACCACACUGGCUGCCCAGCACUGUUGCUAUGGUGACAACAUGCAGCUCAUCACCAGGGGCAAAGGGGCAGGCACUCCCAAUCUCAUCAGCACGGAGUUCUCUGCUGAACUCCACUACAAAGUGGAUGUUCUGCCCUGGAUUAUCUGCAAGGGUGACUGGAGCAGAUAUAAUGAGGCCCGGCCUCCCAAUAACGGACAGAAGUGCACCGAGAGCCCUUCUGAUGAGGACUACAUCAAACAGUUCCAAGAAGCAAGGGAGUACUAACGCACCACUGGUUUGGAGACACAAAUGCACUGCACUGAUCUGCCAACUGUCACCUGGUUCUUUUUAUCCACAAUAUUUGUAUAUCUGUAUAUUACACAUGAAUAUUUUUGUAAGUAUAAUAGGGGUAUGCACCAGGCCUGGAGGACCGCUAUGUCCAGUACUGACAAACCAUGUUGGAAGUUCUCCUAAUGGCUGUGUGGGAUGGAAGAGGCACCUGGGAGCCAUAGUGAGUAUGACUCUGUUCCCACCUCCAUCCAGUGCACAGGAGCACAGAGACUGAGGUUGUAAACAUUAUAAGCAGUUUAUAUAUAUAUAUAUAUAUAUAUAAAUAUAUAACUUAUUUAAUACAAAUGUGACUUAAGCUUAACCUUUUCUCUGGAGUUGUCCUUAUAAAAAAAAUUAUUUAAUUGCUUCUGAGAGAGUUAAAAAGGGAAAGGACAUAGGGGGGUUUCGAGAAAAGGAAUUUUGCAUUGGAAAUGCACCAGAGCAAUGAAACACCCACCUUGCACCAGGUGUUCUUCAGGCGUGGAGUGCUGCUAGCGUCACAGAUUCCAAGACUUCUUGGUCUUAGAUCAGGCAAGGGGUGGGUAGUAAGUGAAUAUGCAGAGUCAAUCUAAGACAUGGUUUUCAAUGGCUUUAAAGUAAAUGGCCAACAUAAUUGUACUGAAGAGCCCAGCAGGAGCAUCUCUGCUCUGUCUUAACAGGCUCAGAAGACUGAAUGAAGUUCAGGUGUAAAGCCAGGAGUGGCACUUUCCAAAGAAAAAACACAAGUUGAAAAAUAAUAGGGGCCCCAUUUUGUCUAUUUUAUCUUAAUAGAGUGACUUUUCUCCACCAAUAUAUUCCCAGUAAAUAAAUAUAAAAGGGGAUGAUGGGAGCUGAAGCCUGGGAAAUCCUACUAUUUUUUAUGUUUUAAGAAAAAAACUGCAUUAUUUUUGUAAAGUAUUUAUUGAGUCGUUGGCUAUUGUGCAUCGUGCAGUUAUGAGAUGAUCCUUUCUGUGGGGUAGAACUUGAGGACAGAUGAAGAGUUGGUUCUUAUGCAACCUUUUACUUGCAAAACUCCAGGGAAAGAGAUAUACAAUAAAAUCAUGAUAAAAUGUGU